CUCAGCCACUCCACACGCAUUCCUUUUGCCGUUACCGGUACUGUUUUAUUCGCACAACAUUUCCGGACAAAGCGUAGACCUUCACGGGAUCCCGCUCGGACAUUCACUCAUCUUGUCCACUUCAAGCCUGAUUGGGAGGUGACGUUGGCCUCGAGCUUUUGAGACCUCGACUAAACAAAGACAGUUCAAGCUGAGAAGGAUCCGACCAUGGCUAACGGUCUCCUGUGCUUCCGGUCGUUAUGGGGCUCACCAACCGCUUUAAAGCUCGCGAGCGACAGCACUGCGGGGUCCACGGGGUCGUAUGCGCAGCAGUUGCUCGCGCAUAUUCGCCGUCAAGGGUUUGACGGGAUUGAGGCGAGUCUCGGAGACUUAAAAGCUCUCGGUGGUACAGGUGUAGUGCUGCCAUUGCUCGCUGAGCACGAACUGGAGUUGAUCGUCGGCGUCUACUCCGGAUGGGUGGACUAUGAGCCUCAGAACCUGCAUCAGCAGUUUGAGAGCGUUGAGAGCCACGUCAAACGCUUUCGAGAGCAGCUAGAGACGGUCUCUAGCUUCACUCAACGUCCGGUGCACGUCAAUGCUCACUCGGGUAGCGAUCACUGGCGUCCGAGUGAACAGAGGGAGUUCUUGAGUCGCGUGAAUGAGAUCGAGAGAGAACUUGGAUGCGACGACAUUCUGGCGCACGAGACGCACCGAGGACGCAUGUUCUACUCGCCGUGGCCGACGCUGGCGUUGUUGGAAGAGUUCCCGAGCUUGAAGCUCACGCUGGACUUCAGUCACUGGUGUGUGGUGACGGAACGACUGCUGGAUGCACCGGAGGAUAAUGAAUGGCUGAUCAACAAGGUUUUGCCUCGUGUUCGCCAUGUUCACGGACGUGUGGGGACUGAGCAAGCGGCACAAUUACCGUAUCCUCUCGAUGACGAGCUUUCACGCAAUGAAAUCGAGCGAUUUCAAAAGCUUUGGAACGCGAUCUGGAUUCGCCAGAAGAAAGAGGAGAGUGGGAAACGCCCCACGUUCACGCCGGAGUACGGACCGAUCCCGUACGCUCCGCGCCACCAUGAGGACCAGCAAUUCGAGGCGUACAACAUCGAUGAACUUUGCGCACAGCAGGCCGCAGCUCAGAAACAGAAGUUCGAUCACGUGCAGGGCUAAGAGUAAGGAGUGAGAACUGAUACAGCACAUGUAGCUCACAUUUCGCUGCAAGAGGAGCGCUGUAGCCUCUUUACAUGUUAAAGUAUCCAACUGCAGCUUAAUGCACAUUGACUUUGAUUGGCUCGACA